AUGCUGGGAGCGAUGAAGGCUGCGAUGCCGCUGGUGGGAAACCAAGGCAUUGUCUCGGCCACUGAGGUCCUCCUCGUGGCUGCGGUCUUCUGCCUGGUCUUCCUGCUCAUCCAGUCCCUCCGGCAGCAUGUGCCCAAGGGGCUGAAGAACCCCCCGGGACCCAGAGGCUACCCCAUCCUCGGCAACGUGCUGGAGCUGAGGAAGGACCCGCACCUGGUCCUCACCAGGCUGAGCCAGAAGUAUGGGGACGUGAUGGAGGUCAAGGUCGGCACCUGGCCCGUCCUGGUGCUGAGCGGGUUGCACACCAUCAAGCAAGCCCUGGUGAAGCAAGGAGAAGACUUCAUGGGCCGCCCUGACCUCCACAGUUUCAAAUACAUUUCAAGUGGGCAGAGCCUGGCCUUCAACCCCGACUCAGGGGAGGCGUGGAAAGCCCGCAGAAAGUUGGCCCAGAAUGCCCUGAAGACCUUCUCCCUCUCUUCUAGCCCCACCUCCUCUUCCACCUGCCUCCUGGAGGAGCACGUCUCCAAGGAGGCUGAGUACCUGAUCACCAAGUUCCUACAGCUGAUGAAAGAGGAGAAGAGAUUUGACCUUAACCAGUACUUGGUGGUCUCUGUGGCCAACGUCAUCUGUGCCAUCUGCUUUGGCAAGCGUUACGACCACAACGACCAAGAGCUGCUCAGUGUGGUGGGCCUCAACAAUGAAUUUGGGGAUGUGACUGGUUCUGGCAACCCCUCUGACUUCAUCCCCGUCCUCAGGUAUCUUCCCAGCCACACCAUGCAGCUCUUCAAGGACAUCAACAGGCGUUUCAACUCCUUAGUGGAAAACAUUGUCCAGGAGCAUUACAGCAGCUUUGAUAAGGAGCACAUCCGGGACAUCACGGACUCACUGAUUGAGCACUGCCAGGAGAAGAGUGCAGGGGAGGAUGCGCAUGUCCCGCUCUCCAAUGAGAUGAUCAUCGGCAUCGUCGGCGACCUCUUUGGGGCAGGCUUUGACACUGUGGCAACUGCCUUAUCCUGGAGCCUCAUGUAUGUUGCCUUGUACCCCGACAUCCAGAAGAGGAUCCAAGAAGAACUAGACCAGACCAUCGGCCGGGAGAGGAAACCGAGGCUGUCGGACCGAGGCACGCUGCCCUACACAGAAGCCUUUAUCCUGGAGAUGUUCAGGCAUUCCUCCUUCUUGCCUUUCACCAUCCCGCACAGUACGACAAAAGCGACGGCGUUGAACGGCUAUUACAUCCCCAAGGGUACCUGCGUCUUUGUCAACCAGUGGCAAGUGAACCACGAUGAGAAGCUUUGGAAGGACCCCUCAACCUUCAAUCCCGAGCGGUUCCUCAAUGCUGCGGGGACUGAAAUAAACAAGACAGAGAGCGACAAAGUGAUGAUUUUUGGCUUGGGGAAGAGGCGAUGCAUCGGGGAGUCCAUUGGCCGGUGGGAGGUCUUCCUCUUCUUGGCUACCAUGCUGCAGCAGCUGGAGUUCAGCCUUCGUCCCGGGGAGGAGGUGGACAUCACUCCUCAGUAUGGACUGACCAUGAAAUACAAGAAAUGCGAGUCCUUCCAGAUUAAGAAGCGUUUUCCCAUGAAAAGCUCUCCAUAA